AUGAAAAAAGCUGCAGUGGUAUGUAGAGAGCUGGGCUGUGGGGAGGCUGUAGAUGUACUGGGUAAUGCUCACUUUGGACCAGGAUCAGGACCAAUCUGGAUGGAUCAAAGGAUAUGUACUGGAUCAGAGCCUACAUGGGAAACAUGUGGAGCUCCUAAAAUUUCGAGACGACUUGAAUGUAAUCAUGAUAAAGAUGCUGGAAUGAUCUGCUCAGGAGUGAGGCUGGUCAGUGGUCCUCGCUGCUCUGGGAGGGUAGAGGUGCUUCGUGGGAAAACCUGGGCCACAGUGUGUGAUGCUGACUUUGACCAGCAGGAUGCAGAGGUUGUGUGUAGAGAGAUGGGCUGUGGGCCUCCUGUGGAGAUGCUGGGAGCAGCUGCUUUUGGCAGAGGGGAUGGCCAGGUGUGGACAGAGGAGCUUCAGUGUAGAGGCAACGAAUCUAAUAUUUACUCUUGUCCGACAUCUUCAUACAAACACAGUUGCUCUCAUGACAAUGAUGUGGGUCUGUUGUGUGCUGGUAAGAAAGACAGUGUGAGACUGGUGGAUGGUAGUACUCACUGUGCUGGGAGAGUAGAAGUUCUUCACAGAGGACAGUGGGGAACAGUGUGUGAUGAUGACUGGGAUAUGAGAGAUGCUGCAGUGGUGUGUAGAGAGCUGGGCUGUGGGGAGGCUGUAGAUGUACUGGUUAAUUCUCACUUUGGACAAGGAUCAGGAUUAAUCUGGAUGGAUGAUGUGGACUGUAGUGGAUCAGAGUCUACACUGAAGAACUGUAGAUCAGCAGGUUGGGGUAAACAUAACUGUAAUCAAACUAAAAAUGCUGGAGUUAUCUGCUCAGGUAAACUUGUAAGGCUGGUGGACGGUGGUGGACACUGUUCUGGGAGAGUGGAGGUUCUUCAUAGAGGACAGUGGGGAACACUGUGUGAUGAUGACUGGGAUAUGAGAGAUGCUGCAGUGGUGUGUAGAGAGCUGGGCUGUGGGGAGGCUGUAGAUGUACUGGGUAAUUCUCACUUUGGACCAGGAUCAGGACCAAUCUGGAUGGAUGAUGUGGACUGUAGUGGAUCAGAGUCUACACUGAAGACCUGUACAUCAGCAGGUUGGGGUAAACAUGACUGUAAUCAAACCAAAAAUGCUGGAGUCAGCUGCUCAGUUAAUAAUUUAGGGGUCAGAUUGGUUGGUGGUCCUCGUUGCUCUGGGAGAGUAGAGGUGCUUCAUGGGAAGACCUGGGCCACAGUGUGUGAUGCUGACUUUGACCAGCAGGAUGCAGAGGUUGUGUGUAGAGAGCUGGGCUGUGGGGCUCCUGUGGAGGUGCUGGGAGCAGCUGCUUUUGGCAGAGGUGAGGGCCAGGUGUGGACAAAGGAGCUUCAGUGUAGAGGCAACGAAUCCCAGAUUCACCUCUGUCCAAAGUCAUCUACUCUCAAACAUGACUGCUCCCAUGACAAUGAUGUCGGACUGGUGUGUGCUGACAUGGUGAGGCUGGUGGAUGGUAGCAGUCGCUGUGCUGGGAGAGUGGAGGUUCUUCAUAGAGGACAGUGGGGAACAGUGUGUGAUGAUGACUGGGAUAUGAGACCAAUCUGGAUGAAUAAAGUGGUCUGUAGUGGAUCAGAGUCUACACUGAAGAACUGUGGUUCAAGUGGAAGGGUUAGUGACUGUCAACAUGCAGGAGUUAUCUGCUCAGGAGUGAGGCUGGUUGGUGGUCCUCACUGUGCUGGGAGAGUUGAGGUGAUUCAUGGGAAGACCUGGACCACAGUGUGUGAUGCUGACUUUGACCAGCAGGAUGCAGAGGUUGUGUGUAGAGAGCUGGGCUGUGGGCCUCCUGUGGAGGUGCUAGGAGCAGCUGCUUUUGGCAGAGGGGAGGGCCAGUUGUGGACAGAGGAACUUCAGUGUAGAGGCAACGAAUCGGAUAUUUACGCCUGUCCAACAUCUUCUACAGUCAAACAUGACUGUUCUCAUGACAGUGAUGUGGCACUGGUGUGUGCUGGUAAGAGUUGUGUUUUUUAAAACUGAUUUCACAUUUUACAUAAAACAUUUUCUGUGUUAAAAAUAAAUUACAGUGUGAGGCUGGUGGAUGGUGGUACUCGCUGUGCUGGGCGAGUGGAGGUUCUUCACAGAGGACAGUGGGGAACAGUGUGUGUUGAGGGUGCAAGUGUAAUAGCUGCAGUAGUGGUUUGUAGACAGCUGGGCUGUGGAGGGAUACUGAGUGCUACUGUAAGUGACACAGCAGGAUCUGGACCAAUUUGGAUGAGUCAACUCACCUGCAGUGGCUCAGAGUCUACACUGAAAAACUGUGGAUCAUUGGGCUGGGGUAAACAUAGAUGUAGUCAUUUGGACGAUGCUGAAUUAAUCUGCUCAGGUCACAAAAUGCCCAGACUUAAAGAUGGUCCUCACCUGUGCUCUGGGAGAGUAGAGGUGCUUCAU